AUGAUUAUCAAUAACCUCAAUCAAAUACUUUUAUUGAUAAUUUUGUUAAUUGAAAUUGGUCAAUCAUUAGCCCCAGUUGAACGUAGUGCACAUAGCUCAGUUCUUGUAGAUAAAAAAUUAUUUUUUUUUGGAGGGCAUUCGGAUCAUAGUCUUAAAAAAUCAGUCAUAUUGGAUCAAAUAAUAUACCUUGACGUAUCCAAACCAUUUAAUACAGCAAAUCCACCAUUUGAAGAAAUAUCAAAAACAAUUCCUUUUGGAAGUUCAUUUGCAACAGCAUUUCUUAGUCCUCAAAAAAAUAUAAUUUAUUUGUUUGGAGGAAUUGUGAAGGAUGAGAAGAGAAAUAAUGGUGUUAUUAACAAUAAAACUGGAAAAUUUUAUGUUUUUGGUGGAGCAAUUGAUCCAGAAACUGGAUCACAGAACAUUAUAAUACUGAAUGAUAUGAAUAUAUUUGACACUAUUUCUUUAACCUGGUCAAAAGGUUCUUCGAUAUAUGCUCCACUUCCUCGUGUAGACUUUACUACUACUUUGUUAUCUAAUGGAAUUAUUGUUUUCAUUGGUGGAAGAGAAACUAAUAAUCUUGUUGAUGUUGACAUAAAUCAGCUUGUUCUUUAUGAUACGACAAUUGACAAAUGGUCAUCAAUGAUGGCACGAGGUGUUAUUUUGGAAAAUCGUAAUGCACAUUCUGCAGUUCUAACACCAGAUGAAAGAAUAAUUAUUUUUGGUGGGUGUAAGGGUUAUAAUGAAACAAUUUUAAAUCAACUUGCUGUACUAAAUACAAAAACAUACCCAUAUGAAUGGUCAAUUCCACAAGUUUCCGCUUUAAAUUCUGCACCACCAUUAAUUUAUUUCCACUCUGCUACAUUAAUUGAAAAUUAUAUGUUUAUAAAUUUUGGACAAAACUAUGAAUUAAAAAAUCCCGAAUUACAGAAACCAUUUUUUUAUAUUCUUGACAUAAGAAAUUUUACAUGGGUAACCCAAUUCGAACCUGAACAACCUGAACAAUUACCAGUUACUACUAAUUCUGUAACACCAAUUGCUACUGCGACUAUAACAAAUACUUCGUUAACGAAUUUAACUGCAGAAAAAUCUGGACAAAUUGGUAUUAUUCUUGGAGCUGUUGGUCUUAGUGUUGUUAUUAUUACUGUUGCUGGAUUCUUAGGUUAUAAAUUUUAUAAAAAGCAAAAAUAUAAUCGUGCUAUACCUACUGCUGGAGAAAUUCAAUCUUAAAACAUACAUUACUUCUAUUAUUUUAUAUAAAUUUUAAUUGGUUUAUUACUUUAUAAUUUAAGAUUUAUUUUUAAGAUAUUCUAUUCAUCUUGUGAGAAAACGAGAAAUUGUUUAUAUUAAAUUCCAUCUGGACGAAAUUUAAAAUAAUAUAAAAUAAUAUUUAAUAUUUCGGGUGCGUGCCAUAA